CCACCAUUCCAACACAACCACAUCUCACCCAGAGCAAUUGACUCAAUUGCACCACAUACACGAUGGAGAACGGCGUCAAAGUCAACGGCGAGACGCCGAAUAGCAGCAGACCGCGAACACCAAGCUUGAACUCCUUUUCACUAACUGAAUACACCACUAUGCCUUCACCGCCGAGCGAGAGUCCAGUCUCGAAGAUCAAGGGCGUGGUGCCAGAGGAGUUUAUCCUGCCUAAUGGAUAUCCAGAUGUAUGGGUUUUAGUCUCUUGGGAUUUAUUUGUGCUGGUCAAUUGCUAACUAAAUCAACCAACAGUACCUCCGUCUUAUCCUCACCUCCCGCGUCUACGAAGUCGUCGAAGAAACGCCCCUCACGCCCGCCACAAACCUGAGCAACAGACUCGAAUGCAAGGUCCUCCUCAAGCGCGAAGAUCUACAACCAGUAUUCAGCUUCAAGCUCCGCGGAGCCUACAACAAGAUGGCGCAUCUAGACCCCAAAGUCAGCUGGAAAGGAGUGGUAGCUUGUUCGGCUGGCAACCACGCCCAGGGCGUAGCGUACUCUGCUAGGAAAUUGAAGAUUCCGGCUACAAUUGUGAUGCCAGAGGGGACACCCAGUAUCAAGCAUUUGAAUGUGUCACGGCUGGGGGGUUCUGUGGUGCUGCAUGGUGCGGAUUUUGACUCUGCGAAGGAGGAGUGUGGGAGGUUGGAGAAGCUCCAUGGGUUGACGAAUAUUCCGCCGUUUGAUGACCCGUAUGUUAUUGCGGGGCAGGGGACUAUUGGCAUGGAGUUGUUGAGGCAGACGAAUAUACAGAAACUGGAGGCUAUCUUUUGCUGCGUCGGAGGUGGAGGGUUGAUUGCCGGAAUUGGGGUUUAUGUCAAGCGGAUUGCGCCGCAUGUUAAGAUUAUUGGGGUGGAGACUUAUGAUGCCAAUGCGAUGGUGCAGUCAUUGGCUAAGAAGGAGAGGGUUGUGUUGAAGGAAGUUGGGCUUUUUGCAGAUGGAGCUGCUGUCAAGACUGUAGGCGAAGAGACAUUCCGAGUUUGUAUGGAUGUCGUAGACGAGGUCAUUCAAGUCACAACCGACGAAACCUGCGCAGCUAUCAAGGACGUCUUCGAAGACACACGCUCUAUUGUCGAGCCAGCCGGAGCGCUUGCCCUUGCCGGUCUCAAGAAAUACGUCGCCGCCAACCCCUCACAAGACACAUCCCGCAACCUGGUGGCCAUCGCCUCAGGAGCCAACAUGAACUUCGACCGACUACGCUUCGUCGCCGAACGAGCCGCUCUAGGAGAGAAAAAAGAAGCACUCAUCAGCGUCAGCAUCCCCGAGAAACCAGGCGCCUUCUCCGAACUCAUCAAAGCCAUCAUGCCACACAUGGUCACAGAGUUCUCAUACCGGUACGCCACCGACGCCGUAGCCAACGUCCUGAUCGGUCUCUCUCUCACAUCUCCGGCCUCGCAACGAGACGCCGAACUCGCCUCCCUCUUAUCACGAAUCUCAUCCAGCGGCAUGACACCCGUCGACCUCUCCGGCGACGAGCUCGCAAAAUCCCACAUCAGAUACCUAGUCGGUGGCCGCUCAGGCGUGCCUCACGAACGACUCUACAUGUUCAAUUUCCCCGAGCGGCCGGGUGCGCUAGAGAAGUUCCUCACCACACUGAGACCGCGGUAUAACAUCAGUUUGUUCCAGUACCGCAAUGCGGGGAGCGAUGUGGGCAAGAUUUUGGCGGGGAUUGUGUGUCCGGAUGGUGAGUUGAGGGAGCUGGAGAGCUUCUUGAGGAGGAUUGGGUAUCCGUGGGAGGAUUGUACGGAGAGUGCUGUUUUCAAGACUUUCUUGAGGUCGUGAGUCUGGGUGGGUGGGGGGAGGAAUGUGUAUUUGGAUAAGGUAGAGUUGAAGGGAGGGAAUCUGAGGUUAGCUUGGCGUUUAGGUAGGAUUGGUAUAGAGGCGCGUGGUGUUUUUGAAAUACAAUGGUAGGGGAACUUUUGUCACUUAAAAUAGAGAUGUUCAAUUCAAGAAUCGAAGAUUUAAUGCAUUUAC